AUGGAACCAAAGGAGGAUGAGAAGCAGAUCAAGGGCAUCCAGCCCGGGCCCCACGUCGAAGAGUUCGCAAAUGCUCUCGACAAUUGUCUUGCACCCGGGCUGAGCUUGUCCGAGAAGAGAGAGCGGGUUCUAGAUCUUCCACGAAAGUAUCACGAGAACGCGAUCCGGCGGCUGAUACAGAAACGGCCGAAACGCAUGCGCGAUGGAAACGAAGACGUCGACAUGGACGUGGACGACAGCGACGCCGCCAAGCCAGACCCGAUGGUGCUCAACGAGAUGAGGCAACUGGAAAGGGAGAUUCAAACAUGGGAUCUUGUCCGUCGGCUCCUCCCGCUGAGAUCUGCCGAAGCCCAGCCGACGUCGUCUCUCUUCACGGCGAAAAAGAAGGCGCUGCACGACUUGGUCGACACGGAUCCUAUACUCAAAGAGCGCCGCGCUGUCCUCCAGUGGCUGCAGACAAACGCCGCGUCCGGCCCCGACAUUGACGAGUUGGCGCGCGAACUGCAACAAAAUGCCGACAGGGGAGACAUCAUUGCCCACGGGUGGCUUCAUACCCGCUCCAAAAUCAAACUCAGAAAGAGCAUGACGGCUUGGCCACAUCUGUUGGAUCGACAGUCCCCAAGCGUUACCACGUCCCACCUCAACUCGGAUGGAGCGCCGCUUGUCACACAGUUGGACCCUGACGCAGGUACGCGUCAAGGCCGCAAACUCGAGCCACAAGACGAAUACUUUGAGCGGGCGAUAUGGCUGGGCUGCUUUGAGCAUCUUCGUCGGGGCAGCAGCCUGCAGACCAUACGCGAAUGGUGCCAAGAACGCACCGAGAUGUGGAGGGCGAUUUCCAUGUCGGGAAUGCUGCUCCCUGCUGAUGGCAAGGAAAUCAUGGCAGACGCCCCUCCGGCGUCUCUUGUGCUGUGGCGCCGCAUGUGCCUCAGCUUGGCCCGGGGCGGCGGCUCCGACGACUACGAGCGGGCCGUGUACGGCUUGCUGUCGGGAGACAUUGCGAGCGUCGAAAAGAUCGAUUCACAUUUGCUGAGCCAAUCUCCGCCCGACACGGUGUCCGUCUUGGCCCAGUCCUUUCCGUCCUUUGAUGCUAUUCAGUUUCACGGCGAACUGGAAGGUGUUGAGAAGCGGCUGGUGACGACGCUGGAAUCCCAGAAGAGCACCAGGGACGAGGCGCUGGAGCCAAACAAGGCACUUCAAGCUUCCUCAUCGCGAGAGAUAUCGACCGACGAGCCGUCUUUGCUGCUUCCCUCGAUACAUCCUACCGCGUGGAAUUUCCUCAACGACAAGGGAGAUCUUGUCCGCCACAAGUUUUUCGGCCUCGAACAGCACGAAGGUCUUCGCAUAGCAUGCCAUAUAUAUGUGCUCAUAGCUCUGCUGCGCCAGUUCGACGCCCUGGAGGGCAAGGUGCAGGAUCAACUCACAACAUCUCACUGGCGCUCUGGCCAGGAGAGCAUUAUCGCCGGAUACACGGAUUACUUGGCACGUGCCAAUCUGAAAGAGCUGAUCCCUCUGUACUGCUCAAUACUGCGGUCCCCGCGCCAGUACGAGGUUCUGAGCUGGAAUAUGAUCCAUGAACAAAACGCCGAUAGGCGCAUGACGCAGCUCAAGCUCAUCAAGAGGGUCGGCAUAGACGUUCUAAAGUUUGUGGAAACAUUGGCGAAGCUAGUGUUUGACAAGCUCGAUCACACCAACGACACGUUCACUGCGAAGGAGUCGUUUAGUAUCAUAGGGGAGGGCCCACCUACAGUUCGGCAUGGGCGUGGUAUCAAAGCCGACUUCUUCGGCGACGAUGAUGCCGUUAUUUCAGCAAAGGACGAGCACGUCAUCCGGUCGUUGGAGUGGCUCCUGCAGGUCCAGGUUGCUUGGCCCGAAGUCUUGCGUAUUGGCGUUCAAGUAUACAAGUUUUUCUUCAGAAACACGCAUCUGCUCGCGGCUCGGAGACUCAUGGAGCGAGUGCAGUUUGACGCGAUCUUGCAAAACGUCAGCGAGCAGGAGGUCGACCUCGGGGUGUUCGACGACGUCGACUUUUGGGCUCAGCAGCUCGACCAAAGCGGCAUCGCUAGCGCAGUGCCGGAGCAAGUCAUGACCGAUGCGCGAAACUACCGUGAGCUGGAGCAUCUGGCACGGGCGCUCGACAGCCUGGAAACUAUGGGCUCCCUGAUGAGGCUUUCCAAAGAGGCGCCACCAGGAGACCGCACGUUCUGGAGCGGGGUCGGCGAUGCAGUCAAAGUCAUGAAGGAUCGGAUGCAGCCGCUGCUGGGCAGCUGGCUGCUGACGAGCAUUGAGGGGGGUGACAAGGAGCUCCGCGAGCUACGGCAGGUCUAUUUGCCUGAAGCGAUCCUGGCAUUUGUGAGCGGCCUGCACUACGCGGGCAACGGGCUCUCCCGGGACAACCUGCUGGAGUGCAUGGAGCUGGCGGGCACUGUCGCCGAGCGCGAGUCGAACUUGGCGACGGCGUUUGUCGAGGCGAAGCGGAUGAGGGAGCUGGUCGAGGCAUUUACGGCGUGCAGCAAGGCGCUGGCCACGGCAAAGGGGAACAAGGGGGCGACCGGUUCGAGCAGCAAGAAGCUGCGGGAGACGGGGUGGUCGCGCGACCUUUGGACCGUCAAGCAAUGA